AUGCUACUUCUCCCUGAGCAAGAGGCCUACCGGCUCAUUUGUGAUCUCUCACGCCCACAAUGUCAGCGUCUGGUCGACAUCUUAACCGCGAGCCUGAUCCAAUACUCAAGUGACAAGAACAAUACGACAGCCAACAAACUCAUUCACCAACCAUUGCGAACCCCGAUCGCCACCAAGAACAACGACACGACCUUGUUCAUGCCAUGCUCCGAUACCACCAAUACCGGUAUUAAAGCCAUCACACUACCAGCCAAAGGAGACACAAUUGGCGUAACGCUCGUGUUCGCACCUACAGGGGAGAUGAUUGGUAUGCUGGGAGCCUCGCAGGUAACUGCAUUCCGCACGGCAUUGACAACAAUGUGUCUUUUCACCCGCGUCACCCACAUCCCCAAGAAACAUAUCGUGGUUUUCGGUUCGGGGAAACAGGUAGAGUGGCACAUCAGACUCGCUCUACUCCUUGCUGUGGAGGAGGUUGAAAGUGUCACUGUUGUCAACCGAGGCCGUCAACGGCUCAACCAGUUGGAGAAGGAUCUCAUUCAAUCCCUGCGAACCAUAUACCCUAGAGUAACAUUUCAUCUGAUUGCCAAGGAGGACACGCCCGACUAUGAACCAGCGCUUCAAACCCAUCUCGCCGCGGCCGACGCUAUAUUCUGUUGUACACCCUCGACCGAGCCGUUAUUCCCGUUUUCGCUCCUCGAAACAUGUUCUAAGCGGCGCUUUAUUUCACUGAUUGGAUCAUAUAAGCCACAUAUGAAGGAGAUUGAUACGGAAACUUUGCUAUCCGGAGGUGGUCAAAUCUUCGUGGAUUCAAGAGAGGCAUGUCUGGAGGAAUCGGGAGAAUUGCGAGAUGGCAAGGUGACAGAGGAGCAGCUGAUAGAGUUAGGAGAAUACCUGGUGCCGGAAGUAUCGCGGACUCCCCACGGCAAUGUUGUGCUGAAGUGCGUCGGGAUGGGUAUAAUGGAUCUCACUAUUGGCCGUGCCUUGCUUCAAUUAGCAAUUGACUUGGGCCGUGGAAUGUCUGUUGAAGGGUUUUAA